CAAACGCAUCGGCGCGGGCGCAGUCACGAUGCGCGCGCCGCCCGGCUCCACGGGUCUCAUCCUUCUCGCCAUCUAUACAACCCUGGUACUUGCCACUCAGGACACGGGCUAUUACGCUGAAGACGGUUACCAUGACGACGUGAUUGACGUGAUAGACAAGAGUGCAGAAUGCCCCACAGACCGAGUUCUGCGCUCACGAGAGACAUGCAGAGUCGGCGGCGCCGAUGUCCAAUGCAUACGACUGCAUUGCUGUGAAACACACCACUAUAUCGCUGGCCGAUGUGUCCCAAAGACCGUGGACCCAUGCAGCUUGCGGUUAUGCGAGCAAGCGUGCGAGGUGCGGGAGGACCGCAUGUGGUGCACCUGCUACCAGGGGUUCAGCUUCAGUGAGGACCAUUAUAGGAGAAAGACGCAGCCUUAUUGCAUAGACAUAAACGAGUGCACCGAUAACAAUGGCGGGUGCGACCAGAAAUGCGUCAACGACCCGGGCGGCCACCACUGCGAGUGUGUGCCGCCCUUCACCAUCGCUGACGACGGCAGGAAGUGCAUCCGACCCGUGGUUACUGUGCCGGAGCCGCUGCCGCUAGUCCGCGCAGCGUCGCGCUGCUACGCGCCGUGCGACACGGUGUCGUGGCUCUCUCGCAAGGUGAAGCUACUGAGCGAUCAGCUGCACUCCACGCAGGCGGCUCUUAAGAAGCUACUGGAUAACCCGGUGCUUAAAGGGGAAGGCGAUGAUAGGUUCGCGGAGGGCACGUAUGCGUACCGAGUGCUAGACGCUACAGCGCCGCUAGAGGGAGGCUAUUGUAGGUGCGAGAGAGGGCCCAGGGGUCCACCGGGUCCGCCAGGCAUGGAGGGACCCAAAGGCGAAACGGGGCCUCGGGGACCGCGAGGGUCGAGAGGCCCCAACGGAUCCAUGGACCUGAUGCUGCUUCUGCUGGCUGACGUUAGGCACGACAUCCGCAACUUGGAAGCGCGAGUGUACAAAAAUGGAGAAAAGCCAGAACGCUUCAAUCUGCAGAAGGCCUGGCGCGAACAGAAAAAACAGGAGAAGUUGCAGCGAGGGAACAGUACGCGGCAGGAGCUGGAAGCCUUCACCCCGCCCGCCGUCGAGGGGCCCGAGGAAGUCGAGAUCAACACUCAUGGUUUAACAGGUGAAAUAACACAUGACACGACCACAGACUACUCGUUAGCAAAGAGCACCAAUCCAGAAGUUACUGAACUCAUAGAAAUGGACGAAAAACUACGUCAGUUUAGAAAACUCGCUGAAUCCAGUGCAGGGGACGACGACGUGGACACUGACUAUGAUUAUAGCUUCUAUUGAUUGGAAAUAUAUUACAGUUUUCGUUAAA